UUUCUUUCCUUCCUGAGAAGGCAACACAAUACAACACAGUCUCUCUUUUUUCUUUGUUAUCUCUCUCUCUCUCUCUCUCUGGAUCCGUCGUCACGGCAUGGCCACUCCCAAUGGCUCCGUCGACGGAAACCACCGGGCAACUCCUCCCUCCGAAUCCGCAUUGAUCUUUCUCGGCACAGGUUGUUCCAGCAUGGUUCCCAACCUCAUGUGCCUCAUUCAGCCCUCCGACCCACCUUGCUCCGUCUGCGUCCAAUCCUUGUCUGUUCCACCCGAACGCAACCCUAAUUACAGGUGCAAUACAUCGCUUCUAAUUGAUUAUUGUGAAAGCAACGGUCAUCACAACUAUAUAUUGAUUGACGUUGGCAAGACAUUCAGGGAGGCUGUACUUAGAUGGUUUGUUUUCCAUCGGAUUCCGAGAAUUGAUUCUAUUAUUUUAACUCAUGAACAUGCUGAUGCAGUCCUUGGAUUGGAUGAUAUACGUGCUGUGCAGCCUUUUAGUCCAACAAAUGAUAUUGAUCCCACCUCCAUAUACCUGAGUCAGCAUUCAAUGGAUAGCAUAGCUGAGAAGUUUCCUUAUUUGCUUAAGAAAACACUUAAAGAAGGACAAGAAAUACGAAGGGUGGCUCAGCUUGCCUGGAACAUCAUUGCUGAUGACUGCAAUCAACCAUUUUUUGCAUCAGGAUUGAAAUUCACUCCUUUACCAGUUAUGCAUGGAGAGGAUUACAUCUGCUUGGGAUUUCUUUUUGGUGAGAAAAGUAGGGUGGCUUACAUAUCUGAUGUUUCACGGUUUCCUGCUAGUACAGAGUAUGUCAUCUCGAAAAGUGGAGGUGGCCAGUUGGAUCUUCUUAUAUUGGAUUCAUUGUAUAGGACUGGAUCGCACAAUGUUCACCUUUGUUUUCCACAGACUCUGGAAACUGUCAAGCGGUUGUGUCCAAAGCAAACUCUAUUGAUUGGUAUGACUCACGAGUUUGAUCACCACAAGGACAAUGAGUUUUUGACAGAGUGGUCCAGAAGGGAAGGAAUUCCGGUACAGCUUGCUCAUGAUGGUUUGAGAGUCCCCAUAAACUUAUAGCAAGGAAGGGUAAAGCAUGUGACAAUGUAUACUGCAUACUGUUGAUCUUAAUUAGAUUGGAUUGAGGCCUUAAUAUCUUUUUAAAGAAUAUCCUCAGUUUCUGCAAUAGUAAGCUAAACCAACAUUUUUCCUACAGGUGGCAUUUCUGGAUACGACAAGGAUAACUUAUAGUGAUGAAAUCUUUAUUUUUUUUAUUUAAACUCCUGAAAGCUGUGUUAGAAUUAUCUUAUAAUCGACUCCUUGGUGGUGGAGAUCAAAUUGGCUAGCUAUGAGUUUUGAGAGCUUAAAAAAAUCCAACAUAUCUUAAAUUCCUUUUGCAGUCACUGUGAGUC